UUUUUUCAAUUGUGAAAUUGUGCUGGCUCUUACCUCUCCAGUCACUGUGUUUGUGUUCUCAAUACAUCGACGGCCUGCUGCAGUGAAUAUUAUCUUCAGCUUUUGCCUCUGCCUAGAGACUCCUCUAUCAGCUUCGCCAUUAAUUCUCUUUUUCUUUUUGGUGCUGAAACUGAAAGAGUGAAGUAGAGGGAAACAAAGAUGAGAAGAAGCAGGAAAGAUGGUGAUAGCGUAGAUGAGGAACGAGACUCAAGACGGCGGAGGAUUGUGGAUUCUCCUUCUUCACCUGCUGAAGAACCGCUUGUGCCUUACAAUGAUGAUGAAGAUGAUGAAAGGAGGGUAUUGGAUCACAGUGGUGGGGCAGAAGAAGUUGGCCGAAGGGUUGAAACUGAAGAAGAAGAUGAUGAUGAUGACGAUGACGAUGAUCCAUAUGGGAGAGGAUCAAUUUUAGACAAAUCAAAUCGCCAGGUUGAAGUACGAAGAGACUGCCCUUACCUUGAUACUGUUAACCGACAGGUGCUAGAUUUUGAUUUUGAGAGGUUUUGUUCGGUCUCUUUGUCAAAUUUGAAUGUGUAUGCAUGUCUGGUAUGUGGGAAGUAUUACCAAGGAAGAGGGAAGAAGUCCCAUGCUUACACUCAUAGUCUCGAAGCAGGACAUCAUGUCUAUAUCAAUCUUCGAACUGAGAAGGUGUAUUGUCUCCCUGAUGGAUAUGAAAUUAAUGACCCGUCAUUAGAUGAUAUACGAUAUGUUCUAAACCCAAGGUUUUCCAGAGAACAAGUUGAACAACUUGACAAGAACAAGCAAUGGUCUAGAGCACUUGACGGUUCAGAUUACCUUCCAGGAAUGGUGGGAUUGAAUAAUAUUCAAAAAACUGAUUUUGUCAAUGUCACCAUUCAAUCUUUAAUGAGAGUUACUCCCUUGAGGAACUUUUUCCUCAUCCCUGAAAAUUACCAGCACUGUAGAUCUCAGCUUGUUCAUCGAUUUGGGGAGCUCACACGAAAGAUUUGGCAUGCUCGAAACUUUAAAGGACAGGUGAGCCCUCACGAGUUUCUACAGGCCGUUAUGAAAGCCAGUAAAAAACGGUUUCGAAUAGGUGUGCAGUCUGAGCCAGUAGAGUUUAUGUCAUGGCUUCUUAAUACACUGCAUGCAGAUCUUAGAAUUUCAAAGAAAAGUAGCAGCAUCAUCCAUAAGUGCUUUCAGGGGGAACUGGAGGUUGUAAAAGAGACGCAGAACAAAGCUAUUAGUGAGAGAAAAGAAGGUGGUGGGGAACACAAUGGAGCUCUGAAGAUUAUGGAUGGUGCAACUGAGAAUAAUAAUAUUGGUACCGAAACUUACAGAAUGCCUUUUCUGAUGCUUGGAUUGGAUUUGCCAGAACCACCUCUUUUCAAAGAUGUGAUGGAGAAAAAUAUAAUACCUCAGGUUCCUUUGUUCAAUAUAUUGAAGAAGUUUGAUGGUGAGACUGUAACGACCACUGUUCGUCCUCCAGCGAGGAUGAGAUACCGUGUCACCAGAUUGCCACAGUACUUGAUAGUUCGCAUGAGCCGCUUUACUAAGAAUAAUUUCUUCAGAGAAAAGAAUCCAACAUUGGUUAACUUUCCUGUGAAAAACCUAGAGUUGAAGGACUACAUUCCUCUGCCAGCACCGACCAAAGAGAAUGAAAAGUUGCGGUCCAAGUAUGAUCUGAUUGCUAAUAUUGUUCAUGAUGGUAAGCCUGAUGAGGGGUUCUACAGGGUCUUCGUACAGCGGAAAUCAGAAGAACUAUGGUAUGAAAUGCAGGAUCUGCAUGUUUCUGAAACACUUCCUCAGAUGGUUGCAUUGUCUGAAGCUUACAUGCAGAUAUACGAACAGCAACAGUAGUUUACAAAAUUCUAUCAACUGAUACUAUUGGCAUACGGUUACUUGCUGUUGGUUCUUCAAGGUUAGUUCUUGCAAUUUUUUUAUGUGGUUUAGGUGAAGACAGAAAAAAAAAUGCUUAUAAAGUGUCUGAUUUGCUGUUAUGAAGCUGGUUGUCUAUCUUCAACAAUUUAAUUCUUAGUAUUAAUUUUUGCUAUUCUGAAGAAACAUGCUUAUAAAGUACUACGAACACAAAACUAAAUACAAUACAAUAACCUUUUAAAGGAUAUCAUUUUAACCAGUUCAAA